CAUUUCGUUUUUAGUUGUCGCAAAGACGGAUUUUUUGGAGUUUUAAUAUAUAUAUACUUGUAUAUUUUUAUAUGUAUAUUCGGAUUACGAUAUAUAAAUAGCCUACAUAUAAUACAACCGAAAUUAUUACUUCUUUGAAUAAAUAUGAAAUUGUAUAUUAUACCUAUACUGGCUAUUUGUUGUGUGAAGUUAAUCGAAAGUUAUAGUACUCCUACAAGCUUUAAUAUAUCAGCUUCUGAAAUAGUUGUUACUACCACAGAAGAUGGUGGAUACAGGACAAAAGAUGAAUGCCAAGAAAAAUGCCACUUAGCCGAAAGCAUCGUUGGUAAGGAUUUUAUUAAAUCUUGUAUUUGCACGAUGGAAGAAAGCGAAUGCGCUCAAAGAACAGAAGAUGAGCACGAACAAUAUCAAUCAGUUUUAAUUUUUCGAUUAAAUUAUGAAGGAAAGUUGUGUUUGAGAGAUAAAAGAUGUAGAAGACAUUUUGGUAUUGGAGGGAAAAAACUCGAAAAUAACUAUCAUAUUAUUUGUAAAGUUUGCGACCAAGAUAUCGUUUGUCUAAAGAGCGACGAAAAGAAAGAUCCUAAUACAUUUUUUAUAAUAUGUAUCGGAAGUUUAGCCUUUGCUUUAUUGGCUUUAAUUUUUAGAUUAUUUUCACCAGUUUGCUUUAGAAAGCUAAGAAGUACAUCAAUAUGGCUUCAAUGGAAUUUAAUAUUAGUACUAUUCUUUUGGCUACUUCUAACUCUUAUGUCGUUAAUUAUACCAUUGUCAAAAACAAAGUGUAUGAUCAUAGCAGUUUUCAGUCACUGGAUGUUUACGACUUUCUUAGUUCUUCAAGUUUCGGCAGCCUUGAAUUUAAAUUCAGCAGUUAAUUCAUUAACUGAUCAAAAUUAUUAUUCAACACCUGUUAGAAGAUAUGUUAUAGGAUCAUGGAUCACAUCGUCAUUUCUAUGUCUUGCCCCAAUUGUUUUGAGGAACUGGUCAACGGACAUCUUGGGGGACAAUAUUAAAGAAGAGUCACUAGGAGUUUGCUGGCUGAGUGGCCAAAUUACUCAAAUUGUUUUUGUUAUAUCACCAAUACUUUUAUCUACACUUUUGAAUAUCAUACUUUAUGGAAUAAUAUCAGUUAAAUUCCAAAAAAUUCUCCUAUACUCACCUCCAACCCUCUUUGGAACAAAGCGGGACGAAAUGUAUCUUUAUAUUAAACUUACAGUAUUUUUUGGCAUUUAUGGUAUCUUAGUUGUUCUUAAGGUAUUCAUAGAUACUACCAUAUUGGAAUUUCUUGUUGUGUUAACAUUGGCUUUAAUUGGUACAUGGUUUUCUCUUAUAACAAUGAUAAAUAGAGAAUCAAUGAAAGACAUACUAGAAUCAUUUAGCCGAAGUCGCCUAAAGUACUCUUUGAAGUUUAAUAGCAGGAGGGGAUUUGAGCCAUACAGUCAAUUUAAUGUUUAA